CGCUUUUUCAUUUACGCAUUCAUUCUAGCCUUGGUAUUAUUAUCAUUAAUUUUCCUUUUGUUUCUACGCUUUACAAUUCUCCUCUGAUUCCAAUUUGAAAAAUUUUAGAUCUUGAUAAGUCUCGUACUUCUUUUUCCGAAAAUCUCAUCUUAACUCAAAAGGGAGUAUUAAACGACUACUUAUACCUGUAAACUGAACUUUGUAAUUCAAACCCCAUACACAACCUGUGGGCAUACGAAAACAGAGAAUAAACGAAUUCAAAGUUUCUGCUGAAGUUACGUUAGGAAUUGUCGAAUAAACUAACGAAAAUUACUAAGUUUUGCUAAUUGUAGAUAUUGUUUUGUUCAUUACUAGACACGCUAAUUUGUAUCACAUCCAUUGGGUCCUAUUUUAAUAUGUCUUCCUCCAUAAAAGCCCGUAUUCUUCCUUUUGUCAUAAAAAGAGCCAAUUCUUCUUCAUCUGCUUUGAAGCACACUCCUUUGUACGAUCUUCAUGUCAAUGCGGGUGCUACGAUCGUUCCGUUUGCUGGAUUCUCCAUGCCUUUACAAUAUAAGGACCAAACCAUCAGUGCAAGCCACAGAUGGACCCGUGAGCAUUCUGGGUUGUUCGAUGUAAGUCAUAUGGUUCAAUGGUUCAUUCGGGGAGAGAAUGCAACUGCAUAUCUAGAAAGUAUUACACCAUCAUCUUUACAAGAACUUUCUUCUUUCCACUCGACUUUAAGCACUUUUACAAACGAAAAUGGUGGUAUUAUUGAUGAUACGAUUAUUGCUAAGCAUGAUGACAAUACAUACUACGUUGUCACCAACGCUGCUUGCAGCGAAAAAGAUGAAUUGAAUCUGAAAAAGCAUCUUGAAAAUUGGAAAGGUGUCGAGCUUGAACGCGUUCAGGAUCGAGCACUGAUCGCUAUCCAAGGCCCCGAAACCGCUGCUGUUAUUCAGAGCCUUGCUCCCUCUUACGACUUUUCUGCUCUCAAAUUCGGUCAAUCUGCUUAUGUUGAUUUCAAGGGUGUUCAAUGUCUAGUCUCUCGUGGUGGCUAUACGGGUGAGGAUGGAUUUGAAAUUUCUAUUCCAGCCAAUGCUUCUGUUGAUUUCGCCCAGAACGUUUUAGCUGAUCAACGCGUACGUCCAAUUGGUUUGGGAGCUCGAGAUACUUUGCGUUUAGAAGCUGGUAUGUGCUUGUAUGGCAGUGACAUCGACGAUACUACCUCUCCUGUUGAAGGAUCCUUGUCUUGGAUUAUUGGAAAACGUAGAAGACAAGAAAACAAUUUUGUCGGCAGCAGUCGUAUCUUAAAAGAGCUAAAAGAAGGUGCUUCUCGUCGCCGUGUGGGCUUCAUUGUUGAAAAUGCUCCUGCUCGCCAUGGUAGCAUAGUCGAGGUCGAUGGUGUUCAAGUCGGCAGAAUUACCUCUGGCUGUCCUUCUCCUACUCUUGGAAAAAACAUUGCUAUGGGUUAUAUCUCUACUGGAUUCCACAAAUCGGGUACCUCUGCUCAUGUAAAGAUUCGCAAUAAACUUCAACCUGCUACCGUUGUUCGUAUGCCUUUUAUCCCUACCAAUUAUUACAAGUAAUCAUUUGUCCCUCGCUCACACUUGUUCCUUUUACUAAUGUUCUUCCAAAAUUUUCUCUUUAUAACUUUUGGCUAAACCAGUUCCUAUUCGUUUUGGUUGAUCUAAUUUUCCUUCUCUUCCCCUUGCUUCAACUGAGCUUUUAAUUCUCUGAUUAAUCUGUUGGCUGGUUUCCCUACUUGAUGAUGGCUAAGGUACACUGUGUCAUCUAUUUUAUAUUUUUAAAAUAUUAACUAAUAGUACUCAAAUUUUUUAUUAACAGCUACAUUAACUGACCACACCUACUUUUUUUGUUUUGCCUUGAACUUUGUUUUAAACACUCAGUGAAAUAGCUAACAACGAAAAUUGUUACUUGAC